AUGAGUCCCAACAUUCAAAAUGAGAUUUUGAAGUUAUUGUCUCACACCGUAUUACGCCUUAUUCAGAAACAGAUUGGGAAUAAUGCCUUUGCAAUUAUUGUUGAUGGCAUACAAGAUAUAUCUGGUCAAGAACAAGAAAGUUUCUGUAUCCGCUAUGUUGAUGAAGACUUGUACCCACAUGAGGACUUCAUAGGCUUAUAUCAAGUUGAUGAAACAAGUAGACCUGCAAUCGCACAGAUUGUCAAGGAUGCUUUAUGCCGUCAUGGGCUUUGUAUGUCAAUGUUGCGAGGGAAAACAUAUGAUGGAGCUUCAAAUAUGGCUGGUAAAUAUCAUGGUGCCCAGGCAUUAAUCAAGCAGGAACAUCCACUUGCCAUUUAUGUCCAUUGCGGUGCACAUUGCACACAUUUAGUUAUGCAGGCCGCAGCACAUCAAUGUCCAAUAAUGGAAGAUGCACUUAUAUUUGUGCAAGAUCUUGGCAAACUCUUUGGGCAAUCUAUGAAAUGCAGAACCACAUUUUCAGAAAUUGUGCAUCGUGAAACUGAAGGGCCUCUUAAAGUCUUGCAUAUUAAACCAUUGUGCCCAACACGCUGGACUGAUAGAGUGAAGCCUGUGAAAAAAAUUCUGGAUAAUUACCAGCUGAUUUUGGAAACACUUGAAGAAAUUGCAAUUACCAGAAGUAGUGGAGAUAGAAAACCACGUGAACGUGGCCUACUACAAAAAUAUAGGCAAGUGAAAACUCUACUAGGUCUUCAAAUCUCUCUUAGCAUCAUGGAGAUCUUAGAAUGCCUGAAUGUAGCCUUGCAAGGCAGAGAACAAACCAUAUCAGAACUUUUAGCAAGUGUACAACGGACACAUGAUGCUAUACAAAAGUUACGAUGUGACACGUCCUUUGAAAGAGUUCUUGCUACCACUAUUUAG